AGGCGGCGCCGCUGCAGUGCGGGACCCGCUUGCCCAACGUCCCCGCGUCGCCGCGUCCCCACGCAGCUGUCUCUGCCUCGGGCGCCGCGCAAACAGGAACCAGGACUGGUGGCCAUGGCUUCCCCAUCCUCUCACCAGCUGGAAGAGGACGAGAGUCUGAAGGGGUGUGAGCUGUAUGUGCAGAAACAUAGCGUCCAGCAGGUCCUCAAGGACUGCAUCGUGCAUCUCUGCAUCGCCAAGCCAGACCGCCCCAUGAAGUUCCUCCGAGAGUACUUCGAAAAGCUGGAGAAGGAAGAAAACAGGCAGAUUUUAGCCCAGCAGAAGUCAACCUCCCAGUCAGACUCACAUGAUGAGGAGGUCUCCCCGACACCACCCAACCCCGUGGUGAAAGCCCGCCACCGCCGAGGCGGCGUGAGCGCUGAGGUGUACACGGAGGAGGAUGCCGUGUCCUACGUGAGGAAGGUGAUCCCCAAGGACUAUAAGACCAUGACGGCACUGGCCAAAGCCAUCUCCAAGAACGUGCUGUUUGCCCACCUGGAUGACAAUGAGAGAAGUGACAUAUUUGAUGCCAUGUUCCCUGUCACUCACAUCGCCGGGGAGACCGUCAUCCAGCAAGGGGAUGAAGGAGAUAACUUCUAUGUCAUUGAUCAAGGAGAAGUAGAUGUAUAUGUGAAUGGUGAGUGGGUGACCAGCAUCAGCGAGGGAGGCAGUUUUGGGGAGCUGGCUUUGAUCUACGGCACCCCCAGGGCAGCGACGGUGAAAGCCAAGACCGACCUCAAGCUCUGGGGCAUCGACCGGGACAGCUACCGGCGCAUUCUCAUGGGCAGCACACUGAGGAAGCGCAAGAUGUAUGAGGAGUUCCUGAGCAAGGUUUCCAUCCUGGAGUCCCUGGAGAAGUGGGAGCGCCUGACAGUAGCUGACGCCCUGGAACCCGUCCAGUUUGAAGAUGGGGAGAAAAUCGUAGUUCAGGGAGAACCUGGGGAUGACUUCUUCAUCAUCACAGAGGGCACGGCUUCCGUCCUUCAGCGCCGAUCCCCCAAUGAGGAGUACGUGGAGGUGGGGCGCCUGGGGCCUUCCGACUACUUUGGGGAGAUUGCGCUGCUGCUGAACCGGCCCCGGGCAGCCACUGUGGUGGCUCGGGGCCCCCUCAAGUGCGUCAAGUUGGACCGGCCCCGCUUUGAGCGUGUGCUGGGUCCCUGCUCCGAGAUCCUCAAGAGGAACAUCCAGCGCUACAACAGCUUCAUCUCCCUCACCGUCUGAGUCCCCUCGGGUCCUGCCCUGCUUCCCAUGUGCUGGCGUGUUCGUCUGUGUCAGGAGGCCUUGGUGGGGGGCUGGCGUCCCAGCAUGGGGGGACUGUCCUCUCCAGCGGACUCACCUUUGGAGUAAAAUAGUCACCUCAUGCAUUUCAACAAUCAAGGGUGUCUACACCACACCCUCUUCUCCCUGUUCCAUGGGAGACCCAUCCUCAUUUCCCCCUUGCCCCCCACCAUGUCUUCUGGGGCACAUGAGUGUGUGCCCACACCCUGUGGCCAAAGGUCCCAGCUAUGAGUCCAUGUGGACCAGACCUGCUGGUGGCUCUCCUCGCCCAGGUUGGGCCAGAUCACAGGUGUGGGGUCCGAGUGUGGAGCUGGUGACGAUACCAGAGCAUGUCCCACAAGCACCCUCAGGCUUUGUGCUGUAAGUUGAGUUUAGAGAAGGAGGGCCCAGGCCCCUCCUUCAGACACUCCUGUCCUGUCUGUGAGUUUAAUGUUCAGUGUGCCAGGGUGGGGGAGCCUCAGUGACUUCAGUCAGAGGGAGCAGAGAGGGGGGUGCCUGGUCCUGGAUGGGGGGGUUCCUGGCUCAGGUGAGGCCAUGCUACUGACAGUGACCCCACAUAUGGGGUCCAGGUUUGCAUGGGAUGUUUAAAGGUAUGGUCAUGAAGGAGCCCUUUUCUGGAAAGCCCAUCUUGGGUGGGUGUUGACAGGAAGACAGGGGCAGCUGGCCACCUUGUUGGACUGAGAUGUGUAGGAUGGGGAGGAAACAGUGUGUAAGCUGGGACUUUCCAAGAUCCAGGGAGGGUUGUUCUCUGGAUUUGGGGGAACCUAAACAAUGUCUCCUAUUAUUGCAAAGUAGCUUACGAGAAACCUUGCAAGGGAGAGGAGGAAGGGUCCCUCCAGUCUGCUCUGGGUGAAGUUGUGAGAGCCAGGCAGGUCCCUUCUGCCUUAUUCUCCAGAUGAUGUGCCUCCAGUUGAAGGGUCCUUGCCCCGGGGAGGAAAAUGUGCAGCUCCUGAAACUCCUGAACCUCCUGAGCCUCCAUUCUCAUGCCAGGGCAAUAAAAAUCAGUCAAUCCAGCUGUGGGUCCCACAUACCCAAGUCAUUCAUUGAUUGAAUUCCCCCUUAAAUAUAUCUUUAAUCCAGCAGUAAUGUGAGAGACAGGCCUGGGGGAUUGGGCAGUGGUGGACAGAAGCUCGUGUGGCCUCUGGGGACCGGAAUGCUAACGAGAGUGUGCAGUUCACCCGACUUUGCUUCUGCCUGUGCAUGUCGGGGGGCUGUCCAGUCUUAGGGACCCUCACCAGCCCUGUCUUUCCCUGUGGAUGUGUCUGUGAUGUGUGAUUCCCACCCCUAUUUAUUGCGAUGUUUCGAGUGCUGCAUGUACUAUUAAAUGUGCAAUGAAGUACCUCU